AUGUUCAAAACUUGGGAUCACAUCGGCCAAUUCAUCAACACAGGGUUAUUGGCCCUCAUCGGCCCAUCAGCAGGCACCAUCAACUAUGGCCUGUUUGUAUUGUCGGGCCUCUCAGUGUUGGGUAGACCCUUGCCUCCUCACAUGGGAGAAGACACCUGUGAAAGGAGGGAAGAACUUGGUUUAACAGCUCUCGCACCCCCUACCCAGUAUAACACAAAUUUCGUCAGUAGUCAACGACAACGCCCUAUUGAAGCGAAGUCGGAUGGCGGAUCCUCACACCACCAUUUGUCAACCAGUAAUCGCAGGAGCGGAAACUGGGGAAACCCAUCAGGAGGCAAUCCAGACGGAUCAAGCGACAAAGACGAUGGGGACGAAUACCCUUGCAGGAACAAUCACGAUACUCAGAGACCAUCGGAUGAUGGUUACCCCGUUAAUCACGGUGGGGGAGGCAGUAAUCCUGGAGGUGGCGGCGGUGGUAAUGGACCAAAUAAUAAUGGGCUCUAUUCGAAUUCACAGCCUCGGGAAUGCGCCUUAUGGUAA